AUGGUGUACUUUUACAAAUCACAGCCUUCCGAAGACGUAAGUCCGCAUUGGCUAAUCACGGGAAAGGAUAAAUUUGAGAAUGACCUUCUAAUAAAAUAUGGGUACAGAGAAUUACAGUACUAUUGGUUCCAUGCUGAUAAGUAUUCAAGCGGUCAUAUAUAUUUGCAGUUGCGCCCAGACGAGAAAUCAUUGCAGGAUGUUCCUCGAGAGGUGAUAUCAGAUUGUUUACAAUUAUGCAAAUCGGAAUCUAUUCAGGGGAAUAAAUUGCAGCAGUGUACUAUUAUUGUCACUCCCUGGCAUAAUUUACGUAAAAGUGGAUACAUGAAGCCCGGGGAAGUGUCAUUUAAACGUAUGAAAGAUGUACAGAAGAUGGAAUGUUUUGCGCGAGACAACGCUGUCUUGAAUAGACUGAAAAAGACAAGGAUUGAAGUUACUGAAGAGGUAGAAAAGCUGCUGCACGAGGCGAAGAAGUCAAAAGAUGGCGAAUUUUUCAUCAACUUCUUGGAAACAAACAGAGAAAGGCUAUUAAAGGAAGAGGCAGAGAGGCUGGCGAUGAAGAAACAGAAAAAGAAAAAGAAAAAGUUGCUGGAUGAGGACCAGGAAUCAUCCCCCAACUUGGAUGUUGAAUAG